AUUUGGGAUGACAAGUAACAAUAUUUUUUGUUAACUUUGAAUUUAUUGGAAUUAAAAGAACAUUUCUGGCAAAUGGAUUAGUAUUUUGCCAACCCACAGCUCAAAUGUCUUGUCAUUGAACAUCUCCUCAACAUAAAUGGUAUUAGAAGAGGUCAUCUAGACUGGAAAAUCCAAAGACUCACCUUAUGAAAAAUAGGAACACUCAAUAGCUUAUACAUUCAGUCCUCAGAAUGGCUUAUAAAGGUUGGUGGCUAUGUGUCUGCUGGCUGGUGCUGAUCGCAGGCCGAUGUGAGGUGACUUACCCCCACUGUCUGGAUGGGAUCAUGAUGAACGUGGUUCUGCUGGAUGACGACAUCUCUCCCUGGAGUAUGACAUUUGUCCGUAGUGCUGUGGAGAGAGCGAUCCAGCUCGACGCUGAACUCAAAUGUAAAAGUUGUCCAAACGGAGUGAAGCCAAACCUGACGGCAAACUUCCUAGGGCUGGAGACUAGUUUGUACAGCAAGAAAGGCUGCCAAAGCAGCACCUGUGAGGUGGUGGAGACCUUGAAGAACCUAACUAAAACAGGCCAGGAGGGCUGGGUUUUGCUGGGGCCCACCUGCACCCAUGCAACCUUUCAGAUGGUUGAUCAAGAGGUUGGUCUGAAGCUCAUCAUGCCCAUCAUCUCAGCAGGCAGCUUUGCUCUGUCCUGUGACUACCAAGACAACCUGACCCGCAUACUGCCCCCUGCACGCAAGAUCUCCACCUUCUUCACGAAGUUCUGGGACUUCAAAAAUGAUAUCAAACCCAAGUGGUCCACAGCCUUCCUCUAUAAGAAGCCGGAGAACACUGAGGACUGCUUCUGGUAUAUCAAUGCACUUGGUACAGGCUCAGCCCACUUUUCCUUACAUGUCAAAAAUACCCAAGUUAUAAGCAAAGCGGAAGACCUUAGAAAGGAAUUAAACUCCAAAAAGAGGACAAGCAAUUUGUUCAUAGUGUGUGGGACACCAGAAGAUAUCGUGGACCUGAAGAAUGGAACUAUGGAGGUUGAUCCUAGUGUUGUUUUCAUCCUGGUCGAUCUUUACAAUGAUAAGUACUACACCAAUAAGUCCUCUAUCCCUGCUAUGAAGAACGUGUUGGUUCUCACCAUGCCCAACACUAGGAACUAUACUGUGGACACAGACCUGGGCAACAACAUGACGAUGAAUGACUACAUGGCAGCGUACCAUGAUGCAGUGCUGCUGUUUGGUCAGGUGAUGAGGAAGGUCUGGAGCAAGCCAGAGUCUGAGCUCAACCACACAGAGGUAGUCAAUAUCAACCACUUCAGAAACAUCUCAUUCGACGGCAUCGCAGGCCACUACAAGCUGGAUAACUAUGGGGACAGAGACGUGAAUUUUUCAGUCAUUUACACCACCACUGACAACAAGUAUGAAACUUUAUUUGUAUUCAACACCGUCUACAACUACACCAACAUCGUCAACAGAAACCCAUCCUUCAUCUGGGGCAAACAUCUCCCAGAUGACACUCCAGACCAGGGUCUGAGAGUGCAGGACAUCACUGUCAUUGUCUUAGGUGUCACUGUGGUGGUGGUAGCUAACAUCGCUUUCAUCUUCUACAGGCAGAACAGGAGAGAGCGCCAGGUGAGGAAGAGAUGGUCUCACAUCCACUCUGACCUCAUCACCCCGCUGGAGUACAACGAACAUAGCCUGAUCUCCCUCAAGAUUGACGAAGACCACAGGACAAACAAAAGUUAUAUGAUCCGCCAAGGACGCUACGAUAAAAAGAUUGUGAUCCUGAAGGAGCUGAAGCACUCGGACGGGAACUUUAACAAGAGUCAGAGGAUAGAGCUCAACUCGCUUCUGCACAUUGACUACUACAACCUGACUAAGUUCUAUGGCACAGUCAAGUAUGAUCAUGGUGUGUUUGGGGUGUUCGAGUAUGGCGAGAGGGGAUCCCUAAGGUGUGUGCUGAAUAACAAUAUUUCGUACCCGGAGGAGACCUUUAUGGACUGGGAGUUUAAGAUCUCUGUAAUGUAUGACAUCGCCAAGGGUAUGUCCUACCUCCACUCCAGUGACAUCCAGGUCCAUGGCCGUCUCAAGUCCACUAACUGUGUAGUGGACAACCGCAUGGUGGUCAAGAUCACUGACUUUGGCUGCAACACCAUUCUAAACCCAGGCAGAGACCUGUGGACAGCUCCAGAGCACCUGCGUAGAAAGGGGAUCUCCCAGAAGGGAGAUGUCUACAGCUUUGCCAUCAUCGCCCAGGAGAUAGUUCUCAGGAGGAGCACCUUUUACACCGAGGCAUACUCUGACCGCACAGAGAAAAUGUCCAGAGUGCAGUACCCCAGCAAAAUAACCUAUUUCAGACCUGAUCUGAAUUUUGAGACUGCAGGAGAAAAGGAAUUGGAGGUGUACAUGCUGAUAAAGAUCUGCUGGGAUGAGGACCCAGAGCGAAGGCCUGACUUUAAGAAGAUAGAGAGCUCAUUGGGGAAGAUCUUCAGUAACCUGCACAACCAGGCUAAUGAGAGCUACAUGGACAACCUGAUCCGUCGUCUACAGAUGUACUCCCGGAACCUGGAGCACCUGGUGGAGGAGAGGACAGCUCUGUACAAGGCUGAGAGAGACAGGGCCGACUGCCUCAACUUCAUGCUGCUGCCUCGUCCUGUGGUGCGUUCUCUGAAGGAGACAGGCAUCGUGGAGCCGGAGCUGUUUGAGGAGGUGACGGUGUACUUCAGCGACAUCGUGGGCUUCACCACCCUGUGCCAGUAUAGCACCCCCAUGGAAGUGGUGGACAUGCUCAACGACAUCUACAAGGGCUUUGACAGCAUCCUCGACCACCAUGACGUAUACAAGGUGGAGACGAUAGGUGAUGCGUACAUGGUGGCGUCGGGGUUGCCGCAGCGGAACGGAAACAGGCACGCGGUGGACAUCUCCCGCAUGGCCCUGGACAUUCUGGCAUUUAUGGGGACCUUCCAGCUCAGACACCUGCCGGGGCUACCUGUGUGGAUCCGCAUUGGGAUGCACUCAGGCCCCUGUGCAGCAGGAGUGGUGGGGAUAAAGAUGCCCAGAUACUGCCUGUUUGGAGACACAAUCAACACUGCCUCUAGCAUGGAGUCAACGGGACAUCCCCUGAGAAUCCACGUCAGUCAGCCCACCAUCAGCAUCCUACAGAGGACAGACUGCAAGUUUGAGUACGAGAAGAGAGGGGAGACUUUCCUCAAGGGUAAAGGCACAGAGUUGACCUACUGGUUGACAGGUGAAACAGGAGAGGACUACAACCUGCCAAUGCCACCGACAGCGGAGAACUGCCAGCGUCUGCAGCAGGACCUGGCCCAGAUGAUCCAGGAGUGUCUGGAGAACCGCUCGCUGGGGUCAGAGGUCAUGGAGAAGAGGAAUACCCUGUCCAUGAGGCAGAGGAGGGUGGGGAGGGAUGGAGCGGAGCAGAGGGGAGAGGAGGAGGAUCACGAUGACCAGCCGGAGUACCUCCAUCUGGCUACGGUCGACAACUUCAGUACUUUCUUGUAGUUAUUUUGAUAAGGAGGAUUAGGGUUAUUAUAUUGUUGUUCUUUUGUCUAUUGAUGCGAGUCUUCUCCCAACUUCUGCAUCAAUCAUUCUUGGUUGUCAAUGGAAGAUUUGUGUGAAAACUAAAGUCACAUGCAGAUCUUGAGUUAGAAUUCUGGCCUUUUGGAGGAACCACAAAGCUGUAGACCAACUAAGCACUUUACUGAUACAGUUGAAGUCGGAAGUUUACAUACACUUAGGUUGGCGUCCUUAAAUCUCGUUUUUCAA